CGCCUCGCCGUCGUCUCGACGAGCAGCACACACGUCAUGCCGGCCAUCAUGACCGCCGCCGCCGCCGCUCCCGCGGUCACGGCCGUCGCGCGUCCGAACGGACGCUCCGGCGAGUCCUCAAGCAAGCGCGUCACCGCCGCCCCCGCGCGUCGCGCGCGCGGCGCGUCCUCCCUCCGAAAGGCCGUGAAGGACCCGUCCGAGAUCGUCGCGGGCGUCGACCCCGCGCUCUUCACGGAGACAGACCUCACGUCCGCGCAGAUGCAAGACCUCGCGUCGAGGCGCCCGGUCGGGAACUUCCAGUCACGGUUCGGCGAGAACGAGCCGAGGAAGGGCGCGGAUAUUCUCGUGGAGGCGCUCGAGCGCGAGGGCGUGGACUGCGUGUUCGCCUACCCCGGCGGCGCGUCGAUGGAGAUCCACCAGUCGCUCACGAAAUCCGCCACGGGGGUCCGAAACGUCCUGUGCCGCCACGAGCAGGGCGAGGUGUUCGCCGCGGAGGGGUACGCCAAGUGCACGGGCAAGGUGGGCGUCUGCAUCGCGACGUCCGGCCCCGGCGCGACGAACCUCGUGACCGGGCUCGCGGACGCGCUCCUCGACUCGGUGCCGCUCGUCGCCAUCACGGGGCAAGUCCCGCGACGGAUGAUCGGCACGGACGCCUUCCAAGAGACGCCCACCGUGGAGAUCACGCGGCAGAUCACGAAGCACAACUACCUCGUCAUGAACGUGGAGGACAUCCCGAGGGUCGUGCGCGAGGCGUUCUUCCUCGCGUCCAGCGGGAGGCCCGGGCCGGUGCUGAUCGACAUUCCGAAGGAUGUGCAACAGCAGAUGUCGAUCCCGUUUUGGGGGCCGAAGGUUUCGCUGAACGGGUACCUGUCUCGGCUGCCGUCGCCGCCGACGUCGCCGCAGAUGCAGCAAGUCUUGGACAUGAUCAAGCGCUCGAAGCGACCGGUGGUGUACGCGGGCGGCGGCUGCCUCGACGCCGCGCCGGAGCUGAAGGAAUUCGUCGACGCGACGGGGAUCCCGACGACGACGACGCUCAUGGGCCUCGGCGCGUAUCCCGCGUCAGACGAGAAGUGCCUGGACAUGCUCGGCAUGCACGGCGCCGUGUACGCCAACUACGCGAUCGACUCCGCGGACUUACUCCUCGCGUUUGGCGUCCGCUUCGACGAUCGCGUCACCGGAAAGCUCGACGCGUUCGCCGCGAGGGCGUCCAUCGUGCACAUCGACAUCGACCCCGCGGAGAUUGGGAAGAACAAAGAGGCGCACUGCGCGGUGUUCAGCAACAUCAAGCCCGCGCUGAAGGUUUUGAACGGUCUCAUCAAGGCGGAUCAGACCGCGGAUUCCCUCCCGGACUUUUCCGAGUGGCGCGCGGAGAUCGAAGCGCAGAGAGAAAAGUUUCCGUUUACCUACGCGGACACGUCCGACUACAUCGUCCCUCAGUACGCCGUCGAGCUCCUGUGCGAGAGGACGGAGGGCAAGGCGAUCGUGUCCACGGGCGUCGGGCAGCACCAGAUGUGGGCGGCGCAGCACUACAAGUUUGAAGAACCGAGGAACUGGCUCACGUCUGGCGGGUUGGGAAGCAUGGGCUUCGGCUUACCUGCGGCGAUCGGCGCCGUCGCCGCGCGCCCCGACUGCGUCGUCGUGGACGUCGACGGCGACGGCUCCUUCGUCAUGAACAUCCAGGAGCUCGCCACGCUGCACGCGGAGAACCUCCCGGUGAAGAUGUUCGUCCUGAACAACCAGCACCUGGGCAUGGUCGUGCAGUGGGAGGACCGGUUCUACGGCGCGAACCGAGGACACACCUACCUCGGCUCGCCGGACGUGGAGUACCACGAGACGAAGGACGAGAAGGACAUCUUCCCGGACUUCGUCGCCAUCGCGGAGGGGUUCCGCGUCCCGGCGGAGCGCGUCGUGCGAAAGGAGGAUCUGAGGCCGGCGAUUCAGAGGAUGCUCGAUCACGACGGGCCGUAUCUGUUGGACGUGAUGUUCCCGCAUCAGGAGCACGUGUUGCCGAUGGUGCCGGGGGGGGGGACGUUCAAGGACACCAUCACCACCGGGGACGGGCGGACGCCCGAGCUCAAGGACAUGAAGACGUUGUGAUGAGAAGCGCGAUGAGAAGUGCGGUGCGGUGCGGUGCGGUGCGGUGCGGUGCGGUGGAGGAGGAACGAACAUAGUGCGCUAACUGAUUGUGAUGCUAAUUGAGUUGAUC